ACGCUUCAAGGUACAUAAGACAUUUAUUUGCUGAUCGCAUUACGAGAUUAAUGCGUCUCAUAGUUUAGUGAACAUGAAUCCAACGUAUAUGGCAAUAUUCCAAUCAGCAAAACAUGGCAUGACAAAAUCCACUAUCUCCCAAAGAAAGACGUCUCGUUGUAGCGAGUCCUAUCUCUCGUCUAACUCUGUGAACGUAAUCCCCCGUGACAUAAUAAUUCUUCUCCUCUCACUCUCACGUCUGUGAACCCUUUAUACCCCAAAUCUCAUGCCUCGUUCACUCCACUAUCAUUCGCCCGUGACAUGAAAUUAGUUCACAAUCCGCAUUCGUUCUCAAAUCAACACACACACGCUACCUCAUGAUUUCAUGACCUUGACACUAGUGGCGUUCAAAAUAAUAUUAUUAAAACUAAAACUGACUUUAUUAUUAUUAUAUUCGGAAGUUAAAAUUCGCAUUUCCUAAAAGUAAAACAAUCUUAGCGGAAAUUAUGUUUCACUCCCCUUCUUAAUCAUGUGACAUAUCACAUGCCAAUUGAGCAACAAAAUGGCAGGCAACACAGAUUUUAUCCAGCUUGUAAUAUUUGUUUUAGCUUUAUUUCUACCAGGUGUCGCAGCUUUCGACGCCGGUGAUGCCAUUGCCUUGGUAAUAGGUCUUAUUGUUGGGAUCCUUGGUGUAUGCGCUUGUCUUGGAUACUACGCCCGAAAACGAGCAUCCUAGAGUGGAAUGGAAAAAAAUAAGUAAGAAUCAAUUGAAUCAUGAUCAUGUUUUUUGAUGAACUCGAAAAGGUGUUUCUGCAUAUAUUUUUUGUAUCCUGCAUUGGUGUUGUUUAUUCUUUGUUAAACUGAACACUUACAUCAUCUUAUACUCUUUAUUAAACUCAAGCCGGCUCGAAACAAGUUACAUAGCUUAAAUCACAUUUAAAAGUGGAGGUUAAUUCCUACUACUACUACCAGGUACUGGAGAUCUGUCAUGAGUCAUUGUUUUAUUUCCACAGAAAUUUACUGACUUAAAGAACUCAAAAGUAAGCAGAAGUUGCUGUUAUGAAAGUUGUGAUAAAAUUAUAACAUUUCAUUUUGGAUUAACAGAAAGAACAUCAUUACUUCAUAUUUCAGGAAUUUCCAAUUAGGACUAUGUUAUAUGUAUAAUUAAUAAUGCAUAUGCUAAUGUAUUUCUAAUUUGUAAUAUUAAAAAUGUCAACAAAGAAAUAAGACCUGCAUUUAAAAAAUCAGUAUUUAUAUCCUGUGCUCAUCCAUAAACAUGGAAUUAUCAACUAGGAAUGAGCCAGUUGACAACUUUGGAAAGGUACACAAAGAUUAUUUCCCUAAACUAAAGCUUUUGUCAUCUUGAUGUAUAAGGAUACAAUAAAAUGUUUAAACUUCUGUAUUACUUUUAUAUUUGCAAUGUCAAUUACUUUUAGUGUGGAAUUAAAAUGGAAGAUUUGUAAGUUUUAUUAUCAAUAUCUUAUUGUUUAAGUCUAAAUUAGUGAAAGAAUAAUGUAAGAAAUUCAAAUAUUAUAAUUUUGGGUAUGUAAGUACUGAGUUAUUUUAUGUUUUAUUGAAGGAAAAUUUAUUUGUAGGAAAAACAAAAUAAAUAACAAUAAAAUUUAUAUUUAUAAACAUCCACAUGCCAUAACAAAGUUACAGUUCACUGUUUCUUUUUAAUAUGAAUUUUCUGUCUUGUGAAUAUCUUAAAAACUAACAUACUGGUUUUACAAAUUACCGGUACUAAAAAAGAACAUAAUGGCCUGCAUUUUCCUCAUUUAGUAUGUAUAUAAUUAUAUAUAUAUAUAUUUAGACUUGAACUUCAUUACGUUAUUAUAUAUUUUUCACCUUUUUGAUUUGUAUUUUUUAAAUUAAAUUUUUGGUACCUGUAUUUAUUUAUAAUUUAUGUACACACUGAAAACCGUGGUGAAAAUAUUAAAAUUUGUAACUUUUUCAGGUAGACUGUAGAUAAUUUUUUUUAAGGGUUAAAUAGAUUGAAUUUAGUGUUAUUCUAGAUAAAAAAAAAUUAGGAGCUAAGAAUAAAACAAAAUUGCAUUCAUAAUAUAUAUUUUAUUGUGACCAUUUUUGUUUCACUAGCAUUUUUAAUAUAAAAUAAAUUAUGAGAAUGAGCUGUGAAGCAGUUGGUUUCAUAACAUAACAACUUGUUUACACUUCAUAUUUGACCAUAUGAUUGGUAUCUCUGGCUUGCUCUUGGUUUGGUUAUACAUUAUCAUCCAAAUUGUUGUUAUGCUGUACACAAUAUAUUGCAGUCAUGUUAAAUGAAGAAUGUUUGUUUAUGGAUGGAUCUAGGCUUUUUAUUUUUUUCAUUAAAUUUUAUUAUGAAUUACGUUAAAUUAAGGCGACUAAUUUAUUUUAAUUGUAUGAAAAGGAUGAAUUAUCUAUUAGUUUGACAAUUUGGAAUUUAUAAGACCGUCAAAGAAGAUAAUUUGGUGAAGGGUGAGUUAUCGGCCAGUGUGUUUGAAUCAUCUGUAAAACAAGGUUUCCUGUACAUCAAAUAUUGGAUUGUGCAAUAUUGGUAUCGUACAUACAAUUUUUUUUAAAUUUUUAUUUGGAUGAAAAAAGAAAAUUAGAUUAACAAUUCAAAAGAAACGGUGUAUAUUUUUUCUCAAAUAAUAGCUAAUUAUAUUUUAAUAUUAUCAAAUUAUAUAAGUUUAGUUAUAUUGGUUUAUUAAUUUCAGCACCUAAUUUUAUGAAUAUGGAGGUGUCUGUAAAUGUUGACGAUAAUACCGGUAACUAAAUUAUAUGAAAAUAACUAAACGUGUUAAUUUUUUGUAAUGAUUCUUAUUUUAAAAAUUAAUCUGUUCCACCAUCAAUAAAUAAAUGUAUCUAAAGCGUCAGAAUGUUAUACCGGCAUUGUAACCAAUAUUUCAAAAAAUAUUUAGCUACUAAAAAGUCUCUCCAUGACAUACAAAUUUUUAAUCACUCCAAAUGAAGUCAACAAAAUUUGUGUUUAAAUCCAAAUACAUGAUGUUAUUGCUCUAAGUUAUUUGCUAGUAAAAGGAAUCGAGGAAAGCUAAUAUAUAUAAAGUGUGCCUUAGAGAUUGCCAACUUAAAAUUCUAGAUAAAAUUACUUUUUUUUCCUCUAUCAUUGUUGACUUUUCCUUAGAACUUAAUGAACUUUUAUUUGAUUUCACCUGAAUCAAGUUGUUUUCAUUGUUCUGUUUUUAUUCCAUCUCAAGGGAAUAAAAAAUUAAUUUGUUUGAUUGAGACGCUGUGAGCUAGCUAUUUGUUUAUUUUCAUGUUCUCAUCAUAACCUGUUGAAAAUUUUAUUAAAAUUUAUAUGUGAAUUCUUAAGUAUUAUUUUGUUUCCCAGUUUCAAUAGUUUGUGUUCAAGUAGAUUUUUUUUCUAAAAGGUAAAAAAUAACCCUUUCUUAAUAUUCUUU